ACUAUGAAGAUUUUAAGCAGAAAUGUUUAGUGCUUCCCAUGGCUGCACAAACUGUCGUUUGUGAAAUGGCCCCUAGGACGUUAUUAAUGCAGACUUGUUCGUUCUGCAACUUAACUCUUGGUGUCUUGUGUACUUUGAAACGUCUCACGAGUUUUGAAAGUUGGAACGACUAACAAGAUAAUCUUUUGGAUCAGACUUUCUUCGUUGUCUCCCAUGUUUCGCUGCCCUUAAUUAACAUGUAGAAUGAGAAUUGAAGUGAACGGCAUAGUACGGAACUUAACGAGAGACGUAAAGAACAAUAGCCAAAUUGGUCGUUUCUUUUCAGUCCUUUCAUGUGAUGCAGUAAUUGCUAUGUCACAUUGUAGUGUUUUCUACGUAUUGUGAUAAUGUUGCGACUGAUCACGUCAUGACUAGCGCCAGCUCAGAUGGAGACAAGCCAGUGAAAUUACAUAAAGAGACUUGAUGGAUCCGGCAUACAGAAUAGUGCCGGAUGGCCAAGUUCGGUCAGCUGCUGAAGGAGGAAGAGAUGUGCAAGAAGUAGAAGUUGCUACACCUGCAGCAGUGGAUGGUGGUUUGCAGUACUAUGUUGUGUACUCUCAAGAUGGUGCACCAGUCAGUUACACACUUGCACCUCAGGUUGGUGCCACGGGAGGUGCAGUCUAUUGCCCAUCAGGUGCUACUCAGAAUGCCGCUAAUGUUGGCUACCAGUUUGUCGUGGGCGAUCCUGCAAAUCUGAAUGGUACACCAGUUGAGUAUGCUGUUGGGGCUGCAAAACAAGGUCCUGUUGCUGUGGAGUACAGCAUUGGGGGCUCACAGGUUCCAAAUAAUGCUGUAGUAACAUAUGGAGUCCCAGAUUCAGCUGCCAUUGGUUCAGCCUCUUACGGGUCACAUGGAUAUAACACCCCAGGUUCUCCAGAAAGUGAAACACUGUCAUUUACCUAUGGCCAUGGAGAGAAAUGCAUUGUGAGAAAGAGUAAAGAACCACCUCCAGAGUUUGCUCUACCAAAGGGAGGAGGCCAAUCAACAAGGUACUACCUUCUUGAAUCAGAGGCAGUUGCUCAUGAUGAUGGUAUCCUGAACUUGGAGCAGUAUUGUGCAUUUCCUGUAAUAGACAGGCCAAAAGUGCAGAAGCUCUAUGAAUUUGAGAUAAUUGCACGACGGCCGCCACUCGAUAGAGAUCCUGUUCUACAUGCCAUGAUGCUGCGUCUGUAUGCACCAACAUCCAUGGGUGCCAAACAGCGUUUCUGGUUCCUCAUGCGGCAUUGGAGACGCUUCCGUACCAUGGAUCUAGAAAUUGAAUCAGUGACACAGAAAAAUAGUUCACUAAUUGCUAGAUGGGCAACCUCGGAAUCUAAAUCUCAGUCUGCUGCUGACAUAUCUCAUUCAGCCUCAGCUGUUCACCUGUGAAUGAAUGGCUUAUGCAUCAGUAUUACAUUAAGACCUGUCAUGAGAAAAGUUCACAGAGAAGAAGUGUCAAUGUUGUGUUGGGAGUAUUCAUCAAAAAUGAAAAGCUAGUACAUAGUGCAUAUCAACUGCAUUAUAAAGACUGUCUAAAAUUUGUAUUCUAAAAGUUAGGUUGGUGAGUAUAAAGGACGAUAAUGUGAGCUACAUGCAUACUCAUGCGAGUGAAAAUUACACUAGUUUUGCUGAAGGCCAUGGACAACUGAUUGAUUCGUUUAUUCCAUGAAAGUACCUCAGUCACGAAGUAGAAGCAGCAGUUACUUGUUGCAUUGUCUGCUGAGAUUCAUUUGCUUUUUGUAGCUGAAGAAAUGUUGUUGGCUCAUUUAAGAUAAGAACUGAAUGAAAUAAACUGAAAGACUAUUUGCUGUCAUUGUUCUUUUCUUUAUUUUUGCUACUUGUGUUAUACAAUUGUUCCUAGACAGCACAUACACUACGUAUUGUUAGUGAACCUUCCCCAUUUGCUAAUUUAUGUAACAGAUGUAAUAUACAGACAGUAAUUUUUAAAUAAGCAUUUAAAUUUGUCUCGGAUGCUGUAAUUAUUUUUAUAUGAUCUUAAAGCAUUUGUGAUUACUUUUUAAGAUAUAUGCUAAAUAAAAACUGGUGACAAUUUCA